CCAUGGGGGCGAUGGGAAUGACGCACUCACGGGUCACGGCCAUGACCAUGGAACGCGACAAGGUCCACUGAUUGACUUCUCUCUCCCUCUGCCCACGGCAAAAACCCAGGGGCAAGCACCAACACCAUCGAUCAGCCGUCUGCCCAAAGAGAGAGAAAGAGAGGGAUCCUCUGGUUGGCAGGCGGAAUGACGAAGAGACCCACCGGCAAUCCUGCGGAUGACGGCCGUUCGGCCACUGGUGGCGCUGCCACCACGGCUGCGGCAUCCACGCCACCACCACAACAACAAGCACAAGGACAAGCACAACCACAACCACAACCGCAAACACAACCAGCAGCAACAACGAGCAGCAGCACGACGGUUCAUGCGCCUCAUCCUCCUCUGACCCGCGGGCGCGUCCUUCUACAGGCGACGGAGAACGUGAGGGACGUGUACAAGAUAGGGAAGAAGCUAGGUCAGGGACAGUUCGGCACCACCUACUUCUGCGUCCACAAGGUCACUGGCGAGCAGUUCGCCUGCAAGUCCAUUCCCAAGCGGAAGCUCAUCUGCCCGGAGGAUUACGAGGACGUCCGGAGGGAGGUGGAGAUAAUGCGCCACCUCCGGGACCACCCCAACGUCGUCACCAUCGUGGGCGCCUACGAGGACGCGCUGUUCGUCCACCUUGUGAUGGAGCUGUGCGCCGGCGGGGAGCUCUUCGACCGGAUCAUCCAGAAGGGACACUACAGCGAGCGCAAGGCCGCCGGGCUCAUCCGGACCAUCGUCGGCGUCGUCGAGGCCUGCCAUUCCUCCGGCGUGAUGCACCGAGACCUCAAGCCGGAGAACUUCCUCUUCGCGGACGCCCGCGAAGAAGCCCCUCUUAAGACGAUCGAUUUCGGGCUCUCCGUCUUCUACAAGCCCGGCGACGUCUUCUUCGACGUCGUGGGCAGCCCAUACUAUGUAGCUCCCGAGGUGCUUAAGAAGCAUUACGGGCCAGAGGCGGACGUCUGGAGCGCGGGCGUCAUUCUUUACAUCUUGCUGUCUGGAGUCCCGCCUUUCUGGGCAGAAACUGAACAGGGGAUAUUCAGACAGAUUCUUCAAGGCCAGUUAGAUUUCCAAUCGGAGCCAUGGCCCGGCAUUUCUGAAAGUGCGAAAGAUCUCAUUCGCAAUAUGCUCACUAGGAAUCCCAAGAAGAGGUUUACUGCUCGCCAAGUUCUAAGUCACCCGUGGAUCGUUGAUGACAAUGUCGCCUUGGACAAGCCUCUUGAUUCAACCGUAAUUUCGCGAUUGAAGCAGUUCUCUGCCAUGAAUAAACUUAAGAAGAUGGCUUUGAGGGUUAUAGCUGAAAGUCUUUCCGAAGAUGAAAUUGGUGGAUUAAAGGAUAUUUUCCAAAUGAUAGAUACUGAUAAUAGUGGAACCAUCACAUUCGAUGAAUUGAAAGAGGGUCUUAGAAAAGUGGGAUCUGAACUUAUGGAAUGUGAGAUUAGAUCUCUAAUGGAUGCGGCUGAUAUUGACAAUAAUGGUACCCUUGAUUAUGGGGAGUUUCUUGCGGCCACUGUGCAUUUGAACAAGAUGGAGAAGGAAGAAGUUCUGUUCAAUGCUUUUUCAUUUUUUGACAAAGACGGAAGUGGUUAUAUCACCAUUGACGAGCUUCAACAAGCAUGUUCUGAAUUUGGCUUGACUGAUGUUCACCUUGAUGAAAUGAUUAAAGAAAUCGACCAAGAUAAUGAUGGUCGAAUAGAUUAUGCUGAAUUUUCUGCAAUGAUGAGGAAAGGCAGUGGUGGUGGUGGUGUUGGAAGGAAAACAAUGAGGAACAGCUUGUAUGUUAGCUUUAAGGAUGCACUAAAGAUUGCUGAAAAGUAAGAUGCGACAUUGCAACCCAGCACAGCUGAAAAAGGUAGUUAUUAAAAAUUAAAAGUUUAGGCUAGCACUGAUGACAAGGUAAACCAACACUUCGUGGAAAAUUUGCAUGUUCAUUACUUGAAACGAAGUUAAGAUGUUCGCAGACUGUCUAUCCCUUGUUUACUCUGGGUCCUGAGGGUCUUUGUUUCAUCCUUUUUCAUCUACUAUCCAAUGUUUCUCCUGUCAGACUUUAUGUUCACCACUUGAAGGAAGAUAUCAAUUCUGAAUGUAUUAUAUGUGUUGCAAA